AUGAGACUUACUACACAAGAAUUGAAUGAAUCAAUAGGAAGAGCAGAUGAUGAGUUUUUUGAGAACAUAGAGCAGUAUCAAAGCUUGGUAGGAAAAAUGUUAUAUCUCACAUUAACUAGAUCAGAUAUAGCUUUUUCAGUUCAAACACUUGGUCAGUUCCUACAGCAGUUAAAAAAAUCACACUGGGAGGCGGCAAUCAGGGAGAUGAGAUAUGUUAAAAGAGAACCAGAACUUGGGAUCUUGUUGAGCAUCCAUAAAACAAAUAAGUUGAGUGUUUUUUGUGAUGCAGACUGGGCAUCAUGCCCUAACACAAGAAGGACAGUCUCAGGUUUUUUAGUCAAGCAUAGUGAUUCCUUAAUAUCAUGGAAAUCCAAGAAGCAAAAUGUGGUCUCCAGAAGCUCGGCAGAGGCAGAGUAUAGGAGUAUGGCAAAUCCAGUGUCAAGAGGUAGUAUGGGUGACUGCGUUGAUGAAAGAGUUAGGGAGUGA